CUAUCCUACUUAUGCAUGAGUUUAUAUGAUGUAACUUCCAUAAUAAAAGGAUACAUCCAUGACUCUGGGAUCUCUCAUGCACUUUCAAAAUAAAUAACUAUGUAUUAUGAUCCUCAUGACCAUAUUUAAUAUACACCACCUUAUCCUAAAAACCAUAUAAUAAAAUUAUCUUUAUGGUAUCUCUCUCUAUAUAUUUGUGUGUGUGACAUAGCCAAGCCAUUUGUGCUCUACCUCUACAAAAUUUUCCCUUCUUCAUCGUCUUUCUGAAUCUCUAUCCAUCAUCAAUGGCCAUCGCCUUUGGACGCUUUGAUGAUUCCUUCAGUUUAGGCUCUGUCAAAGCCUAUCUCGCUGAGUUUAUCUCAACCCUGCUCUUUGUUUUUGCCGGCGUUGGCUCUGUUAUCGCUUACAACAAGUUGACAUCAGAUGCGGCUCUUGAUCCUGAAGGGUUAGUUGCGAUUGCUAUCUGCCAUGGCUUUGCUCUCUUUGUUGCAGUCUCAGUUGGCGCCAACAUCUCUGGUGGCCAUGUCAACCCAGCUGUCACCUUCGGAUUGGCUCUCGGCGGCCAAAUCACCAUCCUCACUGGCAUCUUCUACUGGAUUGCUCAGCUUCUCGGGUCCAUUGUUGCCUGCUACCUCCUCAAAGCCGUCACAGGUGGCCUGCCGGUUCCCAUCCACAGUGUGGCAGCAGGAGUUGGAGCCAUAGAAGGAGUAGUAAUGGAGAUCAUCAUCACAUUUGCUCUAGUUUACACCGUUUAUGCCACCGCAGCUGACCCCAAGAAGGGUUCAUUGGGCACAAUUGCACCCAUUGCCAUAGGUUUUAUUGUUGGUGCCAACAUCUUGGCCGCUGGGCCCUUCUCCGGUGGGUCGAUGAACCCAGCCCGCUCCUUCGGGCCUGCAGUGGCCAGCGGCGACUUCCAUGACAACUGGAUCUAUUGGGCUGGGCCUCUCAUCGGCGGUGGGCUAGCUGGGCUGAUCUAUGGCAAUGUGUUCAUGCAAUCCGAACAUGUGCCAUUGUCCAAUGAUUUCUAAGUUGGUUUGACUGUUUUUGUAAUAAAGGAAAGAAAUGCAAGCUUUUGGCUUUCUUUCUUUUUCUUUUAUUUUAACAUUGUUUUUUUCUUAUUGUAAAGUGCUGUUGAGGUCCAUUAUUUGCUUAAAUUAUUGUGAGAAUGGAUUGAAUUGGAGAUAUCUAUGCCACUUUUCUUA